AUGGACUCCGAAAGCGACGAUUACAAUCUCAACAACGUUUCUGGUUCAGAAUCUGACGAUUAUGUCCCAGUGAAGAAGACGGCCACGAAGGCAACAAAGGCGAAGGCAGCCCCGAAACCCAAGUCAACAGCCAAUGCCUCGAAAGGCAAGGCGCCAGCGAAGAAGAAGGCUGCUGCCAAACCAGCAGACAGCGACGAGGACGAGGAUAGUGGCAUGGACACGGAUGAACCGACGUCUACCGCAAGGCGGCAGGAAGAACCGGACGAGCCUCUCACGCAACUCGAACAUAUCCUCAAGCGACCUGAUUCGUACAUUGGAAGCAUUGAGACCAUAACCACGCCAAUGUGGACGUACGACUCAGAGACCAAGCGGAUGGUCCACCGGGAAGUGAAAUAUGUCCCCGGCUUCUUCAAGAUUGUGGAUGAAAUUCUCGUGAACGCUGCCGACAACAAGAUCAAUGACCCGUCCAUGGACACGCUAAAGGUCACUAUCGACGUAGAGGAAGGCACAAUCUCGGUCUACAACAAUGGUCGCGGUAUCCCGAUUGAAAUUCACUCCAAGGAAAAGAUGUACAUCCCAGAGAUGAUCUUCGGUCACCUUCUCACAUCCACCAACUACGACGACGACGAGAAGAAAUUGACUGGAGGCCGUAACGGCUAUGGUGCCAAGCUCGCCAACAUCUACUCACUGGAAUUCACGGUCGAGACCGCCGACAAGAACACCUCCCAGAAGUACAAGCAGACAUGGACGGAUAACAUGUCGAAGUGCGGAAAAGCGAAAAUCACCAAGAACACUCGAGGGGAAGAAUACACGCGCAUCACAUUCCGCCCAGAUUUGAAACGCUUUGGCAUGAAUUCCAUUGACGAAGACACGGUCAGCCUGCUGAAACGACGCGUUUUCGACAUGGCGGGCACGGUCAAAGACGUGAAGGUUUUCCUGAACGACGAGCGCCUGAAGAUCAAGAACUUCAAGCAAUACGUCGAGAUGUACGUCAGCUCUGUUCAGGAAGCUGCCGCCGAGAAGUCGGGAGGAGCUGCCCAGCCGAAGCAAACCGUGAUCCACGAACAAAUAUCCGACCGCUGGGAGAUCGCAUAUACCCUUUCCACGGAGGGCACCUUCCAACAUGUCUCCUUCGCCAAUUCCAUUGCCACAAGCAAGGGCGGUACGCACGUCAACUACAUCGCGGACCAAAUCUCCAAAGCACUCGUUACCUCGAUUUCGAAGAAGAACAAGGGGGCAACAGUCAAGCCUGCCCAGAUUAGGAACCACAUGUGGCUAUUCGUCAAAUCGCUCAUCGUGAACCCCACCUUCGACAGUCAAACAAAGGAGCUCCUGACACUGCCCUCGUCGAAAUUUGGGUCGAAACCCACCAUCUCUGACGAGUUCAUUAAGAAGGUCGCCAAAUCGGGCAUCGUCGACAAUGUGCUGAAUUGGGCCAAGUUCAAGGCCGACCAGCAGAUGAAGCGGGCAGAUGGAACCAAGCGUAGCAGGCUACUGGGUCUCGCCAAGCUUUCCGAUGCGAACAAUGCUGGUACACGCCACGCGCAGGACUGCACCUUGAUUCUCACAGAAGGUGACUCUGCCAAAGCGUUGGCUAUCGCUGGUCUCGGAGUGGUUGGUCGAGACAAUUUCGGUGUCUUCCCACUCCGCGGAAAGCUUCUCAAUGUACGAGAAGCCCGUCAUGACCAAAUCAUGAAGAACGAAGAAAUCCAGAAUAUCAAGAAGAUUAUGGGUCUGCAACACAACAAAGACUAUACCAACACGUCCAGUCUCCGGUAUGGGAGAUUGAUGAUUAUGACUGAUCAGGAUCACGACGGUUCUCAUAUCAAAGGCCUUAUUAUCAACUUCUUGGACCACUUCUAUCCCUCUUUAUUGAAAAUCCCUGACUUCCUCGUCGAGUUCGUCACACCCAUUGUCAGGGUCAAGAAAGGCAACAAAGUCAAAGAUUUCUUCACCAUCCCCGAAUAUGAGCAGUGGUUGGAAGAGACACCAGAUGCCAGAAAGUGGGAAUCCAAGUACUACAAGGGUUUGGGAACCAGCGAGGAUAAGGACGCGCGAGAGUACUUCAGCAAAAUGGAGAAACACAUGAUUCCAUUCGCACCAACGCAAGAAGGGGACCGUGAACUCAUCGACCUGGCGUUCAGCAAGAAGAAGGCUGACGAGCGUAAGGAGUGGCUGCGCCAAUUCAAGCCUGGAACCUUCCUCGACCACCGCCUGGAGGAAAUCCCUUACUCCGAGUUUAUCAACAAGGAGUUGAUUCUUUUCUCGAUGGCGGACAACGUUCGUUCAAUUCCGUCCAUUGCUGAUGGCCUGAAACCUGGUCAACGUAAAGUCAUUUGGGGUUGCUUCAAGCGUAAGCUGAAGAAGGAAAUCAAGGUCGCUCAACUUGUUGGUUACAUCUCCGAACACGCUGCCUACCACCACGGUGAAGCCAGUUUGGCAGCUACCAUCAUCAACCUUGCGCAGGACUAUGUGGGCUCAAACAACUUGGCCCUUCUCUCACCCAACGGUCAGUACGGUACGCGUGAGAUUGGUGGAAAAGAUCAUGCUGCCCCACGUUACAUCUUCACGAACGCCAAAAGCAUUACACGUGCCAUCUACCAUCCCUUCGACGACCCACUUCUCAACUACCUUAAGGACGAUGACGUCCCCAUCGAGCCAGAGUGGUACAUGCCGACCGUGCCCAUGGUGUUGAUUAACGGUGCAGAAGGUAUCGGAACAGGCUGGAGUACCAACAUCCCUCCCUACAACCCUGUUGACAUCGUGGCCAAUCUCCGUCGAAUGAUGAAAGAGGAGGAGCCGGAACCAAUGACCCCUUGGUGGCGAGGGUUCAAAGGCGAGGUCAGGCCUACCGGUAAGGGCAAAUACGACGUCGUUGGUGUUGCGACCAAGAUCAACGACACCACGGUGGAGAUUUCCGAACUGCCGAUCCACAAGUGGACCCGUACAUUCAAAGACGAGUUGGAGGCCAUGAUCACCGGGGAGAAGAAGGACAAGGAUAAGGACAAGGAUAAGGAUGAGGAUGGGAAGAAGGACGUGGUCAAGAAUGCUGGCAUGGUUAAGGACUUCAAAGAACACCACGACAACUUGAAUGUCCUCUUCGAAGUGACGAUGAACCCUAAGGACCUCGAGAAGGCGGAGGAGAAGGGCCUUGUCGAGUUCUUCGGUUUGACCACCAAAGUCAGCACCACGAACAUGAUCCUUUUCGACUUCGAGGGCAAGAUCAAAAAGUACGAAACGCCCGAGGAGAUCUUGAAAGACUUCUACCCUAUGCGACUGGCCUAUUACCAGAAGCGCAAGGACUACCAAGCCCUCGAACUCUCAACAGCCUACGAUAAACUGAACAACCAAAUUCGAUUCAUCGAGAUGAUCAUCAAGAAGGAGCUUGUUGUGUCGAACCGAAAGAAAGCCGACAUCGUCGCCGAGCUCCGUAAGCUCAAUUUCCGCCCCUUCCCCAAAGUGGCCAAAACCAAGACCGCUAAGCCGGAUGAGGAAGAAGAAGAGUCCGAAGACGAGGAGGAGGAAAGUGGCUCUGAAGCCGUGACGGACUUUGACUAUUUGCUGGGAAUGGCUAUCUACAGUUUGACGAGGGAAAGGAUCGAGAAGCUGAAGCAACAGGCGCACGAAAAGGAACAGGAGCUUUUGGCGUUGCUCGAGAAAUCUCCUACAGAUCUGUGGAACACUGAUUUGGACAAGUUCCUGGAGGAGUGGGAGAAGGACUGCAUGAUCUUCGAGCAGAAGAAGGGCGAGGGCGGUGCUGUUAAUGGCAAGAAGCGCAAGCAAAGGACGCUCAAGACUCGCAAGUCCAUCGGUAUGGGACGAAGGGGCAAAGAUUCCGACGACGACGACUUUGUGCCUAUCAAACCAAACGCUGCGGCGAAGCGGAAACCGGCUGAACCCAAGAGACCAGUUGCUUCGUCAUCGACCAAGAAGGAGGACGACGAUAUGGCCAUUGACAAGAAGCCACCAGCGCCUAGGCGGGCGGCAGCGAGGAAGCCUGUGCUGGAUGACUCUGAUAGCGACGAUGAUGACGACGGCGGAGAAUAUGGAGAGCUGGUUGUCAAACCCGCGCCCAAGGGCAAAGGGAAGGCGCCGGACAAGGAUGUUGUAGAGAUCGAUGACGACAGCGAUCCUCCCAAGCCACCUCCGCGUAAACCAGCGUCCAAGCAGGCGGCGGCAGGGGCCAAGCGGGCCGCGACCAAGAAGCUCAGUAUGGACGACGACGACGACGACGACGACAGCGAUCCCGCGCCAUCGACCAAGAGGAAACCUACUUCCAAGAAGGCGAAAGUCGAGGACUCUGACUCUGAUAUUGAGGUUGUGCCAACGAAAGGGAAAGGUAAGGCAGUGGGCAAACGGAAGAGCCCUGCCAUCUCGGACAGCGAUGACGAUGACGACAAGAAGCCUGCAGUGAAGAAGAAGAUUGACGACUUUUUCGGGAAGCCCAAAGCGACUGCGAAAAUCUCGAAGAAUAUGAAGCCAGCUUCUCCGCCGAAGAAGAAAGUGCUGAAGAAGUUGAGCGAGUCAAGCGAUGAGGAAGACUAUGUGCCUGCACCGCGUGCGGCGAGCAGCCGGCCAGCUCGUGCGGCGCGGGGAGCAACGAAGCAAUAUGUGGAGAUUGUGUCGGAUGAAGAGGGCGAGGGAGAUUCAUCGAUGUUCGUUGAUGAUGAGUGA